UCCGUCUGCCCGGCGGCUCGCGGGGCGGCGGAGCGACCCGGUGGCACCGGCGCCGCAGCUUCAGCGGACCGGGAGCCGGUAAGCCGAGGCGUCUCGAGGGAGGAGCAGCGCGGGUACCCUCCGCGGCCGAGGGGAAAAAAAAAUGGUAUUCGAGUCGGUGGUCGUGGACGUGUUGAACCGCUUCCUGGGAGACUAUGUGGUGAACCUGGACGAGUCGCAGCUCUCCCUGGGCAUCUGGAAAGGAGCCGUGGUCCUCAAGAAUCUUGAAAUUAAAGAAAAUGCACUGCAUGAACUUGAUGUACCAUUCAAAGUUAAAGUUGGUCAUAUAGGUAGUCUUGCGCUUAAAAUUCCAUGGAAAAACCUUUAUACUCAACCAGUUGAAGCUGUUUUAGAAGAAAUUUAUUUACUCAUAGUGCCUUCUUCUAGAAUAAAAUAUGAUCCUAUCAAAGAAGAAAAACAUCUCAUGGAAACAAAGCAACGGGAACUAAAAAGAAUAGAAGAAGCAAAACAGAAAGUAGUUAAUCAAGAAAAUCCUCCGGAAGAGAAACAGGACACUUUUGCAGAAAAAUUAGUUACUCAAAUCAUAAAAAACCUUCAAGUGAAAAUUUCCAAUAUCCAUGUUCGUUAUGAAGAUGAUAUCACAAAUGGAGACAAACCACUGUCAUUUGGUAUUUCCCUUCAAAAUCUCAGCAUGCAGACAACUGAUCAAUACUGGGUUCCAUGUUUACAUGAUGAAGCUGAGAAACUAGUUCGGAAGCUAAUCCGGUUAGAUAAUCUUUUUGCUUACUGGAAUGUGAAGUCUAAAAUGUACUAUCUGAGUAAUUAUGAUGAAUCGUUGGAAGCCUUGAAAAAUGGUAUUGUCAAUGAAAAUAUUGUUCCAGGAGGUUAUGAUUUUGUUUUUCGACCUAUAUCUGCUAAUGCCAAACUUCAGAUGAAUCGAAGACCAGAUUUUGACUUUUCUGACCCCAAAAUAAACCUGGAUGUUGAAUUACAUACCAUAGCAAUUGAGUUUAAUAAACCACAGUAUUUCAGUCUCAUGGAGCUUCUCGAGUCAGUUGACAUGAUGCAACAAAACCUGCCAUACAGAAAAUUCAAGCCCAGUGUGCCUCUUCACUACCAUGCCAAAGAAUGGUGGGCUUAUGCUAUAAAAAGUAUUCUUGAAGUAAAUGUUUGUCCCAGAUUACGGAUGUGGUCAUGGAAUCAUAUUAGAGCUCAUAGACAGAAAAUGAAACAAUAUAGAGAAUUUUAUAAGAGAAAGCUAACAAGUAAGAAGCCAUCUCCUGAAAUUCUCAUGUCUCUGGAGGAGUUGGAGAGAACCUUGGAUGUUUUUAAUAUAACCAUAGCUAGACAACAGGCAGAAGUUGAGGUAAAGAAAGCUGGAUACAAGAUUUACAAAGAAGGAGUAAAACAUCCAGAGGAUAAUUCAGGAUGGUUUAGCUGGCUGUGGACUUGGUCAGAAUCAAAUGCUAAUCAACAACUAGAUGUUAAACCUGGAAUUCUUGAAGAAAUGUUGACACCUGAAGAAAAAGUUUUACUUUAUGAAGCAAUUGGUUAUAGUGAAACAGCGGUUGAUCCAACCUUGCCAAAAACAUUUGAAGCCUUGAAGUUUUUUGUUCACUUGAAAAGGAUGUCUAUUGUUCUAAGAGAAAAUCACCAAAAGCCAGAGUUGGUGGACAUCAUAGUAGAAGGACUUAGUACUUGGAUUGUGCAAAGACCGGGAGCACAAGCCAUGAAAUUUGAAACCAAAAUUGAUUCAUUUCAUAUUACUGGCUUACCAGAUAAUUCAGGAAAACCUCACCUACUGUCUUCGUUGAAUGAUAUGUCACUCUUCCAGAUUACUUUUGAGAUAAAUCCUUUAGAUGAAACUGUUGCUCAGAGGUGUAUCAUAGAGGCUGAACCCUUAGAGAUAAUAUAUGAUGCAAGGACAGUCAAUAGUAUAGUGGAGUUCUUCAGACCUCCAAAAGAUGUCUAUCUAGCCCAACUCACUUCAGCAACUUUGGUAAAACUUGAAGAAUUUCGAGAUAAAACAGCAACAGGUUUGCUGUAUAUUAUUGAAACACAGAAAGUUCUUGAUCUCAGAAUUAAUGUGAAGGCUUCCUAUGUUAUUGUCCCACAAGAUGGAACUUUUAGCCCUACAUCAAAUCUACUUCUCUUGGAUCUUGGUCAUUUAAAGGUGACAAGUAAAAGUCGAUCUGGAUUACCAGAUGUGAGACCAAGUGGGACCAACCUUGAAGAGAUAAUGCAUAGAGCUUAUGAUUAUUUUGAUGUUCAGCUUACAAGCAUACAGUUGCUUUACAGUAGAGUAGGUGAUAAUUGGAGAGAAGCACGGAAGCUCAAUGUGUCUACACAGCAUAUUUUGAUACCUAUGCAUGUCAAUGUAGAACUCUCUAAAGCCAUGGUUUUCAUGGAUAUCAAGAUGCCCAAAUUCAAGAUUUCUGGAAAGUUACCUCUUCUUUCAUUACGAAUCUCGGAUAAAAAACUGCAAGGAAUUAUGGAAUUGUUGGAAAGCAUUCCAAAACCUAAACCUGUAACUGAUGUACCUGCCCCUGCCAGAUCAUUACCGAUUCAAACAUCCACUUCUUUGCCAAUAACACAGUUUUCACAGAAGAUAAUCCCUCUUUUGGAAAGGCAUUCUGCUACUGAAGACGACUCAGAGGAGGAAUAUUUUGAUGCACCGUGUAGUCCCUUGGAAGAGCAUCCUCAAAUUCUAUGUAGAGUUAAAAGUACUCGACAGAAAAAAUCGCUAAGGGAAAAUCAUUCAAUGAAUUUAACUAAACUUAGGAUGCGAUUUGAAGUAGCAGAGGUUUUGAUUCAGUUUUAUCAACUUUUGGGAAACUGUGAACUACCUGUGCUGGAAAUGGGUGUUUUAGGAUUGGGAACAGAAGUUGAGAUUAGAACAUUUGAUUUGAAAGCAAAUGCUUUUUUGAAAGAAUGCUGGUUAAAAUGUCCAGAAUACUUAGAUGAAAACAAGAAACCAGUUUAUCUGAUCACAACCCUGGAUAACACAAUGGAAGAUUUGUUAACACUGGAGUUCAUUAAGGCUGAAAAAAAUGCACCAAAUUUGAAAAGUACCUAUAAGAAUGUUUUACAGCUUAUUAAGGUGAAUUUUUCCUCUGUGGAUAUUCAUUUACAUACUGAAGCACUUCUCAAUACAAUGAAUUAUCUUAAUAAUACUCUUCCACAAUUAGGAGAACAAUCCACCUCUGUGUCUGUUGCAGAGACUGAAGACAAAGGAGAUAUCAUUAAAAAACUUGCUUUAAAGCUACCCACGAAUGAAGAUAUUAUUACCUUGCAGCUUUUGGCAGAAUUAUCUUGUUUACGGAUUUUUAUUCAGGAUCAGAAACAAAACAUUUCUGAAAUAAAGAUUGAAGGGCUUGAUUCUGAGAUGAUUAUGAAGCCUUUAGUCACUGAAACAAAUGCGAAGCUAAGGAAUAUAGUUGUGUUAGAUUCUGAUAAAAUGGCUGUAUACAAAAAGGCUGUUUAUAUUACUGGAAAAGAGGUUUUCAGCUUCAAAAUGAUUUCUUACCUGGACGCAACUGCUGGGUCUGCAUACACAGAUAUGAGUGUGGUUGAUGUUCGAGUUAAUUUAACUGUUGGUUGCAUUGAAGUAGUGUUUAUCACAAAAUUCCUAUAUUCUAUAUUGGGUUUUAUAGAUAAUUUUCAAGCAGUUAAAAGUGCCUUGGCUGAAGCAACUGUGCAAGCAGCAGGAAUGGCUGCUGAUGGAGUAAAGGAACUGGCUGGAAGGAGUUCUAGGUUCGCAUUGGAUGUUAACAUCAAAGCUCCAGUUGUGAUCAUUCCACAGUCUGCAGUGUCUCAGAAUAUUUUUGUUGCUGAUUUUGGAUUAAUUACAAUGAAAAAUACAUUUGUUACAGUAACAGAGACCCAGAGUAAGGUCCCACCUGUCAUAGAUUUGAUAACAAUAAAGUUGAGUGAAAUGAGACUAUACAGGUCUCAGUAUAUGAAUGAUACAUACCAGGAAGUGCUGGAUCUGCUUCUGCCUUUGAAUCUGGAAGUGAUUGUUGAAAGAAACUUAUCCUGGGAGUGGUACAAGGAAGUUCCUUGCUUUAAUGUAAAAGCUCAGCUAAAACCCAUGGAGUUCAUUCUUAGUCAAGAAGAUUUAACAACCAUCUUUCAAACAUUGCAUGGCAAUAUAUGGUAUGGAAAAGAUGUUACUGCCUUGACUUCUGUGAGUAAAGACCAGGAGAUCAGGACUACUGGAACUGCCAGUGUUUCCUACCAGUCCGGAGCGACUACUAUGGUGACGGCUGCUGUGGUGGAGGUGCAUCCACAGGCUUCUCAAGUCAGUACCACACUGAAUGUGAGUUUCAGAACUGACUAUCUCACCAUGGCACUUUACAGUCCAGGUCCUGAGCAGGCCCCCUUUACAGAUGUUCGUGAUCCUUCUCUAAAACUUGCUGAAUUUAAAUUGGAGAAUAUUAUAAGUAGUUUAAAAGUGUACACAGAUGACUCUACAUUCUUUUCUUUCUCAUUAAAAAACUGUAUUUUAGAUGAUAAAAGGCCUCAUGUCAUAAAAGCCACUCCUAGAAUGAUAGGACUGACUCUUGGGUUUGAGAAAAAGGACAUGGUGCAUAUAAAGUAUAAAAGAUUCAGAGAUAAUUGUGUGACUGAUGCAGUUCUCCAAGAAAUGUAUAUUUGUGCAAGUGUGGAGUUUCUGAUGACUGUUGCACAUGUCUUUUUUGAUGCCUACACGACUAGUACGGCUUUAGAAACCAGUGUUCAAACAUGGACUACUAGAGAAGCACCUGUUCAGGAACUAGGGAAGUCGGAAAUGAAUAUUCUUAUUAAAAACCCCGAGAUUGUAUUUGUGGCUGACAUGACAACAAAUGAUGCUCCUGCCUUAGUCAUUACAAUGCAGUGUGAAAUUUGCUAUAAAGAUGAACAUGAAAGCAAUACAAUGACUGCUGCCAUUAAAGACCUCCAAGUCAGAGCAUGCCCAUUUCUUCCAGUCAAGAGAAAGGGCAAAGUUACCACUGUUUUACAACCUUGUGACUUGUUUUAUCAGGCUACUCAAACAGGUACAGAUCCACAAAUGAUUGAUAUAUCAGUAAAGUCUCUUACACUAAAGGUUUCACCAGUUAUCAUAAAUACCAUAAUCACUAUUACUUCAGCACUUUACACAACUAAGGAAACCAUCCCAGAAGAAAACACUUCUUCUAUAGCACAUUUAUGGGACAAGAAGGAUACAAAGAGUCUAAAAAUGUGGUUUCUUGAAGAACCAAAUGAAACAGAAAAAGUAACUCCUGCAAAUGAAUUGAUGCUGAAAGGAGAGACACUGAACUUGAAUAUCGAUUCUAUUUUUAUAGUUCUUGAGGCUGGAAUUGGUCAUAGGACAGUGCCAAUGCUAUUGGCAAAGUCACGCUUUUGUGGGGAAAGUGAAAACUGGAGUACUUUAAUAAAUCUUCACUGUCAGCUUGAGCUAGAGGUUCACUAUUAUAACGAAAUGUUUGGUGUUUGGGAACCUUUACUAGAACCUUUGGAAAUUGAUCAAACAGACGAUUUUAGACCAUGGAAUCUUGGGAUCAAGAUGAAAAAGAAAGCAAAACAGGCCAUUGUUGAGUCAGAAAGUGAAGAAGAAAACUACAAAGUCCCAGAAUAUACAACUGCCAUAAGUUUUUAUUCUAAAGACCAGUUAAACAUUACAUUAUCCAAAUGUGGCCUAGUGAUGUUAAAUAAUUUAGUCGAGGCAUUUACCGAAGCUGCAACUGGAUCUUCAGCUGUCUUCCUUAGGGAUCUAGCACCAUUUAUGAUUUUAAAUUCUCUUGGACUUACUGUCUCUGUUUCACCAAGUGAUUCUUUCAAUGUACUCAACCUUCCUAUGGCAAAAUCCUAUGAGCUGAAAAAUGAAGAGAGUUUAAGUAUGGAUUAUGUACGAACUAAGGACAACGACCACUUCAGUGCAAUGACCAGCCUAAGCAGCAAACUCUUCUUCAUCCUUCUUACACCUGCUAACCACUCUGCUGCUGAUAAGAUCCCUUUAACAAAAGUGGGACGCCGUCUGUACACUGUAAGACACAGAGAAUCUGGAGUUGAAAGAUCUAUUGUUUGCCAAAUUGACACAGUUGAAGGAAGUAAGAAGGUAACAAUUCGCUCACCAGUGCAGAUUAAGAACCAUUUUUCAAUCCCAAUUUCCAUUUUUGAAGGAAAUACUUUAUUGGGAACUGCUUCACCUGAAAAUGAAUUCAAUAUACCAUUAGCAUCUUACCGAUCAUCCCUUUCUUUGAAGCCAGAGGAUGAGAGCUACCACAUAUGUGAAGGAAUUGACUUUGAAGAAAUCAUAAAAUAUGAUGGACAGCUUCUAAAGAAGAAAUGUAGACCUGUAAACCCUUCUAAGAAAUCGUUUAUUAUUAAUAUUGUCCCAGAAAAAGAUAAUUUGACUUCAUUGUCAGUGUAUUCAGAAGAUGGCUGGGACUUACCAUAUGUAAUGCACUUGUGGCCACCUGUCCUUAUUCGGAAUCUUCUUCCAUACAAAAUCGUUUAUUACAUAGAGGACACUGAAAACACUGUUUUUACUCUAAAUGAAGGACAUUCAUCACAGAUUUAUAAUGUACAAAUGGACAAAGCCAAGCUUCACUUAAAAUUACUUGACUAUCUUAAUCAUGAUUGGAAAAGUGAAUUUUAUAUAAAACCUAAUCAACAAGACAUCAAUUUCAUCAAUUUUACCUGUCUCACAGAAAUGGAAAAGACUGAUUUGGAUAUUGCUAUCCACAUGACUUACAAUACUGGUCAGACAAUUGUGGCAUUUCAUAGUCCAUAUUGGAUGGUCAAUAAAACUGAUCGGAUGUUACAGUACAAAGCAGAUGGAAUCCACCGAAAGCAUCCACCUAAUUAUAAAAAGCCAGUUCUCUUUUCCUUUCAGCCAAACCACUUCUUUAACAACAAUAAGGUUCAGCUUAUGGUAACUGAUAGUGAGCUCUCUGAUCAGUUUUCGAUCGAUACUGUUGGUAGUCAUGGAGCCAUUAAAUGCAAAGGCCCAAAAAUGGAAUACCAAGUUGGUGUCACUAUAAACCUCAGCAGUUUUAACAUCACCAGAAUUGUAACAUUUACUCCUUUUUAUAUGAUUAAAAACAAAAGCAAAUACCACAUAUCAGUGGCAGAAGAAGGAAGUGAUAAAUGGCUUUCUCUUGACGUAGAACAGUGUAUCCCCUUUUGGCCUGAGGAUGUCUCCAGUAUUCUUCUUAUUCAAGUUGAACAGAAUGAAGGUUCUCCUAAAAGGAUACAUUUUAACAAGCAAGAUGGUUGUAUUUUAUUACGACUGAAUAAUGAGCUUGGAGGUAUUAUUGCAGAAGUUAAUUUGGCUGAGCAUUCUACAGUUAUUACAUUUUCAGACUACCAUGAUGGAGCAGCUACAUUCCUAUUAAUAAAUCAUACCAAGAGUGACCUUGUUCAGUACAAGCAAAGUUCUCUCAGUGAAAUAGAAGAUUCCCUCCCUCCUGGAAAAGCAGUAUAUUAUACAUGGGCUGAUCCAGUGGGCUCUCGAAAGCUGAAGUGGAGUUGUGGGCAAAGCCAUGGUGAAGUAACACAUAAGGAUGAUAUGAUGACACCCAUAAGUGUGGGGAAAGAAACCAUUUAUUUAGUGUCAUUCUUUGAAGGCUUGCAGCGUAUUAUUUUAUUCACUGAAGAUCCAAGAGUGUUUAAAGCAACAUAUGAAAGUGAAAAGGCAGAGUUAGCAGAACAAGAAAUUGUAUUGGCAUUACAAGAUGUUGGGAUUUCACUUGUCAAUAAUUAUACAAAGCAAGAAGUAGCCUAUAUAGGCAUUACAAGUUCUGAUGUGGUUUGGGAGACAAAACCGAAGAAAAAGGCCAGAUGGAAGCCCAUGAGUAUAAAACACACUGAGAAGUUGGAGAAGGAAUUUAAGGAAUACACAGAGUCUUCCCCUUCCGAAGACAAGGUGAUUGAGUUGGACAAUAACAUUCCAGUUUGCUUCACACCUAGUGGGAAUGACAUGAAAAUCCUGCAGCCACAUGUGAUAGCUGUACGGAGAAAUUACCUCCCAGCACUAAAAGUAGAAUAUAACACAUCUGCACACCAGUCAUCACUCAGAAUUCAGAUUUAUAGAAUACAGAUCCAAAACCAGAUUCAUGGUGCUAUUUUUCCUUUCGUGUUUUAUCCUAUUAAACCUCCAAAGUCUGUCACCAUGGAUUCAGAACCAAAGCCCUUUACAGAUGUCAGUAUUGUCAUGAGAUCUGCAGGACAUUCCCAAAUAUCACGCAUUAAAUAUUUCAAAGUGUUGAUUCAAGAAAUGGAUCUCAGGUUGGAUCUUGGAUUUGUAUAUGCCCUAGCAGACCUUGUCACAAAAGCCGAGGUGACUGAGAAAACCGAGGUUGAAUAUUUUUACAAGGAUGUAGAAAUAUUUGAACAAGAAUAUGAAACCGUUUCAUCAGUAGACCAAUCACAAGUCAAUCUCUUUGAAUAUUUUCAUAUAUCUCCUAUCAAGUUGCAUUUGAGUGUUUCACUGAGCUCUGGUAGAGAAGAAGCUAAAGAUUCAGGACACCGUGGAGGACUAAUUCCCCUUCAUUCUUUAAAUCUUUUGCUGAAAAGUAUUGGUGCCACCCUAACCGAUGUUCAAGAUGUUGUUUUUAAGCUUGCCUUUUUUGAACUCAACUACCAGUUCCAGACAACAUCUGAACUGCAAUCUGAAGUAAUAAGACACUAUUCCAAACAGGCUAUUAAGCAAAUGUAUGUACUCAUUCUUGGACUUGAUGUUUUGGGAAAUCCCUUUGGCUUAAUUAGAGAAUUUUCAGAAGGAGUAGAAGCAUUCUUUUAUGAGCCUUACCAGGGGGCUAUCCAGGGUCCUGAAGAGUUUGUGGAGGGAAUGGCACUAGGAUUGAAAGCACUAGUUGGCGGAGCCGUUGGUGGACUAGCUGGUGCCGCCUCCAAAAUCACCAGUGCUAUGGCUAAAGGGGUAGCAGCCAUGACAAUGGAUGAAGACUACCAGCAGAAGAGAAGAGAAGCAAUGAAUAAGCAACCAGCAGGUCUUCGAGAAGGCAUCACUCGUGGAGGAAAAGGCCUUGUUUCUGGUUUUGUAAGUGGCAUCACAGGGAUUGUUACAAAACCAAUUAAAGGUGCUCAAAAGGAAGGAGCAGCUGGCUUCCUCAAAGGUGUGGGAAAAGGUUUAGUUGGAGCCGUGGCCAGGCCAACAGGUGGCAUCAUAGACAUGGCGAGCAGCACUUUUCAGGGAAUCAAAAGAGCUACAGAGACUUUUGAAGUUGAAAGUCUGAGACCUCCCCGGUUUUUUAAUGAAGAUGGAGUUAUCAGACCUUACAGGUUGCGGGAUGGUUCAGGAAAUCAAAUGUUACAGGCCUUGGAAAAUGGAAGAUUUGCAAAAUACAAGUAUUUUACACAUGUCAUGAUCAAUAAAACAGAUAUGUUCAUGAUAACAAGACGUGGUGUGUUGUUUGUAACAAAGGGAACAUUUGGACAGCUUACAUGUGAGUGGCAGUACAGUUUUGAUGAAUUCACCAAAGAACCAUUCAUUGUCCAUGGAAGACGAUUGCGCAUUGAAGCAAAGGAACGGGUGAAAUCUGUAUUCCAUGCCAAAGAAUUUGGAAAGAUAAUUAAUUUCAAGACUCCAGAAGAUGCUCAGUGGAUCCUUGCAAAGCUGGAAGAAGCAAGAGAACCAUCCCCAAGCCUAUGAAGAGGGAAUGCUGCUUGGAUGCACAGGAAUCCGUUACUACAGUUCCCAUGUUGUACCUUAUAACUCCUGUGGAGAGUAAGAGUCUUUUCAGGGAUCCUGUGGCUUUAGAUGCUUUAAAAAAACAGAAUCAGUCGGGUAAACCAGCUGUGUGAUUAAAGUACUAGAAGGCCCAUUCAGUUUCCUAAACCAAAUCAUGUAUCUGGUUAUGACUUUUAAUGUUUGAUGAAAAGAAAUAGUUCCUUCAGGAUAUCAGUAGUGGAAGAGAUUGCUCAUAGUCUUAUCAAACAAAAUGUAGUUUUCCCAGGUAACAUUUUAAACGUCUCUCAUAGUUGCUUCACCUCCUGAAGUGGUGGAGAAUGAUCAAAUUAAGUACUGCCUCGGCAGUGACAAGAAAACUGUGGUAAUUUCUUCAGAAUCAUGAAGUUCUUUUUACAAAUAAAUGUUUUGGUAUUUUCCUUACUUUUUUAAACAAAUGAUUUGGAUUAUACUAAAAUACAUACUAUAACUACCAAAACAAUUUUUUUGAGAUUGGACAUAAUACCCCUUGGACCACAGAUUUAAGAAAGGCUUUACAAAUGAGUAUCAUACCCAAAAAGGUAAAGCCCUUCAGAGCCUUAGAAAUACUUCCUCAGGAGAACUCUGUGAACUUGCACAGUUUGUGUUUUUAAUAGACACUUUUCAAAGUAAAAAUCUAAAGCCUUAAUAAUAGUUACCAUCUGUUGACUGGUAAUAGGGAUUUAAAAAUACAAAAAAAGAAAAACACUUUCCAACAUCUUAGCUACAAUGAGUUCUGCUCUAGAAUGAAGAGCUCCUCUCCUGAGUCAGAGUGAAAACCCUGAAAUCUAACCAGUAACCUACGCUAUUGCUUUGGGUUAAGAGUUUUAGGUUUGUUUACGCUGUAGUUAUUCAGGCAAGAAACACUUGUUUAAAUGUAUAGGCUAAUCACUACAAAAAUUAUGAGCUCCAUCAUAAUAGAAAAAUAAGGCUACAGUUUUUACCCCUUUGGUUUUUGUCCAAGAUCUUUGCUCUUUACUAUUAAUGGACUAUUUAAAGUGAAACGGAAUGACUGUCCAAUUGUGAACUAUAAACAGAAUAUAUUAAUCGGUUAUUGAAUAAUACAGUGUUUAAUGUAUACUGUAUGUGUACCAACUUGUUAAAAACUGGUGUUGAACUUGCAGAGUCUGUUUGGUUACUGGGUGUUUAAUCUGCAGGCUUGCCAAACCCCUGCUUUGCUGUAAAAGCUGGACUGACCAGCAUGUCAGACUAUAACUGCCAUUGCUGCCCACAACCCGCUACUAUUGGUAACAGCCCCGGAAUGAUUUUCUGCUAAAUACAAGUUGACUCAAAAAAUGACACAUCUCAAAUUGUUGUAGUUGUAUAUCCCCAAGAUGACCUUUCUUCAAGGCAAGGUACAAGGUUUCUCUGUUGCUGAGCCCCUCCAAGUUUUCAGAUUAAACCUGUGAAGAGAAAAUGGUAUCACCUCCUCAUCUGGAACGUUAUUUUCCUUGCAUCCCAGGCACUGCCAGGAGUUAAAUACUUCAUUGAUUAUUUCUUUCAUGAAUUCAGACAGAUUUGAUUCAUAACUCCCCAUGUAUGCCAUGGUAAAAAUGCAAAAGUAAAAGUUAGCCUACCCAGUCUUCUGGUGGCCAGUAGAAUGGGUUUUAUUACUAGUGCUCACGUGCCUAUCCUCAUUCCUGUAUCAAUAAAAACCAAGAAAUAGCUCUUGUUCUUUAUGAAUCAUGUGCCCAUCACUCUCUCUGACUAUGCAGUAGAAGACACAGAUUGUUUUAGGAAAUAUCUGUCUAAACACCAAUGAAAACUAGAAACCUUAACCACUAGAUGAAGCAUUAGCAUAACAUUUUAUAAUUUACAGUUACAUGUUUGAUUCAGUAGUCUUUUAUCUCUGGCUCAUCAUACAGGUGGCAGAGAUCCUUAAAAAUGGGUAGCGAGCUGUGUAGGCAAUGUUAUUGUAGGACCAGAACAGUCCCUUGCUGAGAGUGCCAUACAAACAUCAGUACCUUUUAACUAAAAAUACCGUGUGUCCUCAGAACUCAUCAGUCUCAUUUCCUUUGGUGUGCCACAGAAUCACAUAUCACUUCUCCAUCUAGAAAGGAAUCCCUCACCCUCUGCCUGGUCAUGUGAAUAUAUUUUUGGAAGUUUAUACUUCAUUGUUAAUGCUAACUGACUAAGUUUACACUAGUUGGCUAAACUGUGCUUCUUAUGAACUAUGUAUUGUGGCAAUGUGAGCAUUUUACCCACUAGCAUGACUUUCCCACUGACCUAGAAAGUGGUGCCUUGCUAAAUGAAAGGGGCUGCAUUUUCAGAAACCCCACUAAUGUGUCUUGAUUUGAAACCUUUUUACUUUAUUGCUUCUUUAGUAAAUUAUCUCAUGUCAUUAAAAAUAUUUUUACUUUAGCAUUAUAGGGUUUUUUUUAAAGCAUUUUAGCAUUCUUUAAAAGAGGAAAAUCCGGGUUAUCCAAAGCUUGACACAUCUUCACAUUUUAUAGAUUGAUAUGAAUAUUUUUUCAAAAUUAAAUCCUUUGUACAAAAUAUGUUUGAGUUGUUUAACACCUACUGUGGUCUAUCAGAUUGCCUUGAUUUAGACUCUUUGUCAGGGAACAUAUUUCUGUGACAUCAGUGUUUUCCUUCUAGUAAAAUCUUUGUAAAAGAUUGUUAAAUAAAAGUGUCUAAUGAUUAAAAGUAUUAUCUAACGCAAAGCAUGAUGAAAGCUUCAGUCUUUCUUAUGAUAUCCUCAUACCACUGUUGUAUAAUUGACUGUCCAAAAGUCACCAGUAUUUGGGCUGAAAAGCAUUUCAGAAACAUUUAUGCUAUAGCUUAUGAUAGAAUAUUCUAAAUAUCAAUGACAAUACACUCAUGCCCACCAAUAAUUACAAAUUGUAUUGGGGACUUCUUAGAACAUGCGUCUAUAAAUUUUUUAAUGGUCAUCCCUCUAUAUGGGUGUAUUACAGUUAACAAAAUUGCCAGAGAAGAUGUACUUUAAAAGUACCUUUUCCUAGCUUUUUAAUUGUAACGUUGCAUUUUUAUGAAAUAUCCAGACAAGUAUCUUAACUAUUUUUAUACUGACUGAAUAGCCUGCACUUCUUUGACAUGUUUAUUAUUUGGUAAAAACAUGCCCCCCCUUUUUUUUAGUAUCUAUUUCUGCAUUGUUUCUAUAUCUUCUUCACUUUUCUAUUCCUAGUAUCUCUUGUAUGUAAACAUGACUUAAUUACAUAUUACACAGUGACUGCCUUAGUUUUGUAUAUUUUGAUAUAGUCUAUUAACAGGCAUUUCUAGUACAGUUCUUACUCUUAAAACUAAUCUUAGUCUUUUUCUAAAAUUUGGUUGGAGAUCCUAUCAGUUGUACUUAUUUCCUGGAGGGGACAGAGUUGGAUCGCAUGCUAAGAUGACUGCCCCGUUUAACCAUAUGUAAGUCCAAUAAAGCUUUCUGGUCUUCAGUCUUUUCUCGUUGUUAUUGAAUAAAACCAGGAACAUUC